ACAGUGUAUUUCCGUGCGGCGAGCAGAUCCACAGCCUGACAGAUGCAGCAGCAGACCGACGACAUGGAGGUACCUUUAUUUAAUGAUUCUAACAGUAACAGACAGAAGUCUCAGGCUCAAGAGAGAGAUGGGUUCAGCCAUCAGCUGAAGGAUUCGGAGGGGUCCAUGGAGUCCCCGAACCUGGAGUUUGAAUAUGGAGACACGGACAACUUCACUGCAGAGCUCUCAGAGCUGUACAGCUACACAGAGGAACCGGAGUUCAGUCUAAACAGGGAUUACUUUGAGGAAGACUUCAAGAAUCAUGUGAAGGGUCGGAGGUGGAUGGAGUUGAGUAUGGAGGAGCAGAGGGCGUAUGUCAUGAGACUGCUGGACGCUCUGGAGGUCACCGAUCGAGACAAGAGGCUUAAAGUGGCCCGAGCCAUCCUCUAUUUGGCACAAGGUGUGUUUGAUGAGUGCGACACAGAAACUGAUGUCCUCUACUGGUCCCGACACAACGUCUUCCUCCUCUACGACAUGGGCAUCUUCACAGCUCUGCUGGAGCUCCUCAGCAUGGAGAUAGAUAAUAACCAGGCGUGCAGCAGCGCAGUGAGAAAACCAGCCAUUUCUCUGGCUGACAGCACUGAACUCAGGGUUCUUCUGAGCAUCAUGUAUCUGAUGGUUGAGACCAUUCGAGUGGAAAUGGAGGGUGACAGUCCUGAGAGGAAGGCAGCCAGGCAGGCCUUCAAAACAGAGUUGGGUUCACCCCUUUAUAACGGAGAGCCCUUUGCCCUCCUCCUCUUCACCAUGGUAACCAAGUUUUGCAGCAUGAAUGCGCCCCAUUUCCCCAUGAAGAAAGUGCUGCUCUUACUGUGGAAGACCAUACUGUUCACUCUGGGAGGUUUCGAGGAGUUGCAGGAGAUGAAGGUGAGAAUGAGAGAGCAGUUGAACCUGCCGCCGCUCCCUGAGGACAGCAUUAAGGUUGUGCGAAACAUGCGGGCGGCUUCUCCUCCAGCCUCGGCCAUGGAGCUCAUCGAGCAACAGCAACAACAGAAGAGAGGACGCAGGAGUCGCCGGAGUGCCUUUGUUGAUAGCUUGGAAGGAGACAGUCCAUAUGCCAAGAAACAGCCACUGGUCAAACAGGACAGCCUGGACACUUACAACGAACGGGACCCUUUCAAAAACGAUGAUGCACGGGAUGAGGAAGAUGACCCAGAGGACGUGGACAGUGGCAUUGAGGGAGAGGUCGACCCUCUCGACAGAGACGUUAUUAUCCAACCACCGCCGCCGCCACCACCACUGCGGCCGCCAACCGAGAGAGUGUUGUUUCCCAAGGGACUGCCAUGGGCUCCCAAAGUCAGAGAGAAAGACAUCGAGCACUUUCUGGAGACCAGCAGAAAUAAAUUUAUCGGCUUCACCUUGGGAAAUGACACUGACACUUUGGUUGGGUUACCCAGGCCCAUACAUGAGAGCGUAAAGACUUUGAAACAGCACAAGUAUGUCUCCGUAGCGGAGGUCCAGAUCAAGAGAGAGGAGGAGCUGCAGCAGUGUCCCAUGACUAUGGGGGAAGAGGAGGUGGAAGAAACACCUGCAGAGAUUCUAUAUUUGGGAAUGUUGCCUAGUCUCUCUCAAUAUGUAAUUGCUCUAUUGAAGCUCCUUCUGGCUGCAGCUCCAACCUCCAAAGCAAAGACAGACUCCAUCAACAUCCUAGCCGACGUUCUGCCGGAGGAGAUGCCAAUCACCGUCCUCCAGAGCAUGAAGCUGGGCAUUGAUGUGAACAGACACAAGGAGAUUAUCGUCAAAGCGAUUUCAGCUCUCUUGUUACUGCUGCUCAAACACUUCAAACUCAACCAUAUAUAUCAGUUUGAAUAUGUGGCUCAGCACCUGGUGUUUGCCAAUUGCAUCCCGCUCAUCCUCAAAUUCUUCAACCAGAACAUCAUGUCUUACAUCAGUGCCAAAAACAGCAUUUGUGCCCUGGAUUUCCCUCAUUGUGUGGUUCAUGAAAUGCCUGAACUCACAGCUGAAAGCCUGGAAGCUGGUGACAGUAAUCAGUUCUGCUGGCGUAAUCUCUUCUCCUGCAUCAACCUACUGAGGAUCCUUAACAAAAUUACCAAGUGGAAACACUCAAGAACUAUGAUGCUUGUGGUGUUCAAGUCUGCUCCUAUCCUCAAGAGGGCGCUCAAGGUUAAACAAGCCAUGAUGCAGCUCUACGUCCUCAAACUUCUCAAGAUACAGACCAAGUAUCUGGGCCGCCAAUGGAGAAAGAGUAACAUGAAAACCAUGUCUGCCAUCUACCAGAAAGUCAGACAUCGGCUCAAUGACGACUGGGCAUAUGGGAAUGAUAUCGACGCUCGGCCGUGGGAUUUCCAGGCGGAGGAGUGUGCACUACGCGAGAGCAUCGAGAAAUUCAACACGCGCCGUUAUGAUAAGAAUCAGAACAGUGAUUUUGCACCAGUAGACAACUGCCUCCAAAGCGUUUUAGGCCAGCGUGUCGACCUGCCCGAAGACUUCCAUUACAGCUACGAGAUGUGGCUUGAAAGAGAGGUUUUCUCUCAACCUAUUCAGUGGGAAGGUCUGCUGGAAGCCCAGUGACCCUGCUGUGAUUAUUAUGGGACUUUUGUUUCUUAUUAAACUGACACAAUUACUGUGGGAUCACAUAUAUAUAUGUAUAUAUAUAUAUAUAUAUAUAUAUAUAUAUAUAUAUAUAUAUAUAUAUAUAUAUAUAUAUAUAUGUGUAUGUGUAUAUAUAUAUAUAUAUGUGUAUGUGAAUAUGGAAUGGUGAUCUUCCUUAUUCUGUAAAAGAAUUUGAUGCUUUGGGUAAAAACACAAAUAUAUCUGUGUAUGGAUUGAAAGAAUGAUAUCUUCUCCAAUAACUGAAGCACACUUUAUGUAUAAUAACUGCACAAUACAGUACUCUAACAUGUAUACUAUUCUGAAAUGAUCGAGAUUUAUUUAUAUGGUCACUCACUGUGUCUAUCUGUGGAAAUGUUUAAUAUUUAUGUAAAUAUGAACACUUUGUGAGGUUGUGAGGUACCACCUGAGGCAGGGUCUCUUUCAAAAAGUGGUUGCGUGAAGUUGAUUCAUUUCUUUCUUUCUUUUUUUCCCUGUAGCAUCAUGUGUUAAACAGGAGGGUGUCUAUGUUCUCGAGAAAGCAGUGAGUCACCACUUUUUGUCCCCACGUAGCACUGCACAUCACACAAAAGACCCCUGAGCAGCACAAUACACACAUUCAAAGUGUCCUUGGUGACUGUACCGUCACCCACACUAAGCAUGUCUCUCACUAAAUGGUGCUGGUUUUUAACACUUCAUUUUAUCUCCUUGUUAAUUGCGUCAUUCUCUUCUGAGAUUCAAGGUCUUGUGAAGCACUGUAUGAAAUGCUCUCUCCAUCAAAACAGUGUCACAGGCAGCACCUCACUGUUUAUUCUUGCUUGUUUUACAGGGUUUAUCUUGCAAUAUCAUUUCUUAUUUUUUUAUAUUCUCAUUGUUUUGUACUAAACUAAGGUGCUGUGUAAAUGAAACUACCUAAGAUGAUCCAUGCCAAAUACAGUACCAUCACAUUUUUUAUAUGUACACUGAUUUGUUGUACUUGUACAGACUGCACUGUAAGUGAAUGUGGAAAAUUAAUGUAAGAGUCUUUAAUAAAUUAUAAAGAGAGUUAAAUAACCAUAAUCUUGUGUAACAUAUCUGUCUGCAGUUUUAGUUUUUGUCAUAUUACCUCCUACACUAGAUGAUCCACAAAGAGAAAUUACUAAAUUGUGAAGAUUCAGUUUAUCACAAGAGGUCGUUAACUUGACUGAUUGUGACUGAUUUAUUUAAUGUAAAUCUCUUAAAUGGUCAGGAUAUGUUUUUCAAUUUUAUGCCAUCACAUUAUUUUCUUAUGGAUAAAGUCAAAACUGACCAUCGAGUCAGAAAAAGAUGAUUCAUCUUGAAUACCACAUAAAGCGAUAUUUUAUAUAUAUAUACAUGGAUGAUUCUAUAAUUGGAGAUACAUUUGGCAUUUCAUAAAGUUAAGAACAUUUUUUUUUUUAUUGAAAACAUAUUCAAUUUUAAUAAUUCAGUGCUUGCCAAACACAAGUUACUUCAUUUUUUUUACUUUUAAUAAAAAAACAGAUGUCUUUAUGGUAUUGUUUGUCAACUCUGUUACGGACAAAUUAGACAAUGUGUAGAAAUAACAAAUCAUAAAAGGAAAAAUUCUUCUUGUAUCAUUAGACAAACAGUCCUUACAUUCCAACAUUUGGAACUGAGAUAAUAUUUCACCUAUGCAUACCUUAAAAAUAAAAAAAAUACCUAUGUCUUCACAGAAUUGUCCACUUGGAACAAAUAUUUUUCAUCUGAAAAUGUAUUAUUUACAAUAAUACAAUAUUACAAUAAUAAUGUAAAAAAAGAGAAAUGUUGUUGAAAUAUUAUAAGGGUGCAUCAUAUUUCAAUGUUUAUGAGAUUUUAAACAGAAAUUGUAUUGUUGUUGUUGUUGUUUUGUUGUAAAAAUAGUAUUGUAAAGUAACAGAAUUAUCCGGUGGACUGUCAGUUCUGUUACACUAUUGUCAGCAUUGUUACUCUACCUUGGUAACAGAGUUUGACGGUAACAGGAUUGACAAUUUUAUUUUAUUUUUGCCAAAAACUCCACUUGCUAGCAUAAAUGCUAAGAGCACAUGGCACUAAUGAAAUCAUAAUUAAAAUACUUAAAUAACCCAAUGUGUGAUCAGUAAUAAAAAAAAAUUUUCUUUUGAUAUUGUGGUAACAGUGUUGACUUUCUUCAAAAUAAGGGUGAAUCCCAUUUCUCUGUCUUACCCCUUCCCCUUAGUUUUGCGCGUUCAUGUGAGAGUAAGGGCUAUCCCAAUUCUCGUUUUGAUCGAGGGGUAGGGCUAAGGGGAAGUGGUAGAUACCCCUUAAAACCAAGCAUUUUCGCGAGCUUACUUGAAACCAAGGGGUACCCAGAACACACUGCGCAACCGGCAACAAUGGCGGCCAGAUCAUCAAGUAUUAAAGUAUUUUCGGCUUAAAUAAUUUAUUUUAAAAUUACGAAAGUCUUGUUUUGUGCUCUAGACAGUCCUGUACAUAUAUAUUUGCAACCAUGUUCUUAAUUGAAACGUUUAAAAAAAAAUCGCUAGUUUGCUACACUAACGUUACAUUGCUGAUUUGCACAACAGUCCCGCAGACUAGCCUUGAAUGGACUCCAUGCAUGUCUACAGUUUUAACAAGUUUGUAAAACGAUCCACACUUGUUGGCUCUGGUGACGUAGCAGCCAGCUAGCAACGGUGUAUGAUGACGUAACCGUAACCAAG